UACACCAGAUAACUCACAAAACUCGCUCGUUUCAAACGUUUAUUCAAAAUGCGAUCUCUACAUUUGACAAUCAUUUGGUUCUCAUCGAAUUUCAUGUAUAAUACAUUUGCUCAACUGCAGCCAGUAGCUGAUGUAAUCAUUACUUUUAAUUUUACUGGCAUAAAUUACCCGAAAGAUAUUCUCUUCUUCUUGUACACACGUGGAAAUGGUGAAAAUUAUCAAAAACUGAUGGUUGGUGAUACGAAAUUGUUGGAGCAAAGCUCGUAUAACAUUUCAAGGCCAACAAAGCUCAUCACUCAUGGAUGGACGGCAAAUGGAUUUCAGGAGAGUUGUGCUCUUCCUAGACGAGGAUUUUUAAGUCAUGGUGACUACAACGUGAUAGUUGUUGACUGGAGUACCUAUUCUAAAACCGAGUACACAAUUGCUGCAUCGCGAGUAAAAGCCACAGGUCAAUACGUAUCAGAAAUGAUCAAGUUUCUUGUAAAUAAGGGAAGCGACAUUAAGCAAAUGUCACUGGUUGGACAUUCCUUGGGUGCGCAUAUCAUGGGUCUGGCUGCUCACGAGUUAUCGCCAAAAGUUGCACAUUUAGUCGGCUUGGAUCCAGCAAGGCCGGGUUUCGAGCUGAACAAUGUCGAAGGGCGAAUUCAUCACACCGAUGCUGACCAUGUCGAGAUUAUCCACACCAACGCAGGUGGCCUAGGCUUCGGUUUCUACAUCGGGGACGUCGAUUACUGGCCAAACGGUGGUGCAAGGCAACCCGGUUGCGGCGAGGACAUGAGUGGAAGCUGCGCGCAUGGUCGUGCCUACAUGUAUUACGCGGAGUCCCUCGAAAAUCCUGACUUAUGGUACGCGGUCAAGUGUAAUUUGUACGCACGGUUUGUGAUCGGCAAAUGCAACGGCAACGAUGUAGAGCCUUUUCCCAGGUGGGAACCUCUUGUUACCAAACCCCCAGGAAAUUAUAUGCUCAGCACUCAGAGCUUCCCUUUAUACGGACGUGGGCUUCGUGGUGCCAGAAGCACGAACAUGUUGGAGACACUCUUACAAUAAGUCCUACGUUAUUUCUGGUUUUUGUACUGUAUUAAUAUUUUUUUACAAAGUAUAUUUAAAAAUAUUAAGCCUUAUAAAUCGUUGU